UUUUGUUCGAUUCAUGUUUACUGCUUGAUCAGAUUCAGUGAUGCACACCAUAAAAAGAAAAUGUCAGGAUUGUUGCCAUUUUUCUUCUGGGGCAAGACCUAAACUUAUGAUUCAUUUUUUCCCAGCUUUUUUAGGCUCCUUUUUUACUUAUUCCUCGUUACGAUAAGCCCCAAGAAAAGCUCGUGUGUCUAGAGCGUGCACCUGUGCAACAUGGCACCUGAUCAAAGGCAUGCAGUUGCAUGAGUGGCACGUGGCAGUUAUCGUGGCGUCCUAAUCUUUUGGGCAUCUGGCCUAGCAAUUCCUUACAUUUCUAGACCGGAACAUUAUCGCAGCAAUUGCUGUUUCUGCUUCAGCGAAACAUAAAUAAAUAAAGAAACAGUUUGUGGAAGCAAAAAUAUAAAAGAUGCAAGCUGCUAAGGAGAAAAUCAGCAAUUUGGCUAGUGUUGCUAAGGAGCGCUUGACUAUCUGCAAAGCCAAGGUUGAAGAGCAGGCAGAGUUAACAACAGCCAGGACAGCAGAAGAGAAAGAGUUGGCCAGGGAGCGUAGAAAAGUAAAGGAAGCACAGGUAAGGAUGGAAUUGCAUCAGGCCAAAGCCAAGCAUGCAGCUGAGAAAUUAAGUUCCUAGCACCACCACCACCAACCGCCUGUGGUAGCCCGUUGUUGAACCCAUGCUAACCAGCCAGACGGAACUGGCGGUACCAUGCCUGGAACCACGGCCCCUGCAUACCCCCUAGGAGGACACCCUCCUGGACACGGGCAUAUUUAGACAAUUAGCCAUGCUGUGUGAUGGAAGGGAGGACUCGGUGCGUGUGUGUGUACGUGUAGACUUGUCUGUCUUGAGUUCGUCAGUUCUCUGUUGGAAACUCUCUUCCGAACCGAAAAUUAUUGAUAAAUCACGCAUCCCUCUUUACCAUGCUGCGGUAUGAACUUUUGUUUUGGGAAGAACAGACAUCAUCAGACAUAUAAAUAUGCAGAUGUCUCAGAGGGUAAAACCGGCCCUAAUUUUAAUAAGAAAUUUU